UUUUUCUACAUUCAAUGUACAUUUAAGAACAUUUGAAUAUUUUUUUUAUUAACAAUAACAGUAAAAUCAAUGACGUGUAUAAGAUUUCCAACAGUAUCUUAUCAGACGUCAAACUUGUUUGCAUUUGUUCACAUUUCUUCGUGGUAACAACAGAUUUUUUGCGUUACGGUAGGAUGACACGCGGCCGGUGAUAGUCAAGACUAGAACACGUUUAAUUUUAUUCUUGAAAUAUCUUAGUAGUAGAGUUUAUAAUUGAUUUAGUUAAUAAAACAAAAGAGAAGAAAGAAACAUGAAGUGUUUAAAUCUAUUGUUAAUUGUUUGUGUGUUAUUCAUAAACACCUGUUGUGCACAUGGAGAUCAUGGGCAUUCCCAUGAUGAGCCCAGUCAUUACAAGUAUUCUCGGGAGGCCAACAUUGGACAUCAACAUGACCAUCAUAACCAACAUGAAGAAGAACAUCAUCACCACCAUGAAGAGGAACAUCAUCACAAACCAAAAGUUAUAGAAGUCAACAAAGACAUUUGGUUGCAUGCAAUGGGAUCAACUUUACUUAUCAGUGCAGCACCAUUCUUUAUUCUUUUCUUUGUACCAUUGGACAACACUGAGCAAAAACAGCCUUUACUUAAAAUUCUACUUGCCUUUGCUUCAGGAGGAUUGCUGGGAGAUGCUUUUCUGCAUUUGAUACCACAUGCUACAAUGCAUGCAGAACCACAUGAUCAUAGUCAUUCGCAUGGUCAUUCUCAUGAAGAAGGACAUGCACAUGACAUGUCAGUUGGAUUAUGGGUUUUAGCUGGAAUUGUUACAUUCCUGGUUGUUGAAAAGUGUGUAAGGAUUAUGAAGGGUGGUCAUGGACAUUCCCAUGGAAACAAAUCUGUUAAAAAAACUGAUUCCAAAGGAGAUAGCAGUAAAGCUAAGAAGGCUGCUGAAGAAACUAAAGAAAUAAAAGUGGCUGGUUACUUAAAUUUGGCUGCAGAUUUUAGCCACAAUUUCACUGAUGGAUUGGCUAUUGGAUCUUCAUAUUUAGCUGGUAAUGCUGUUGGAGUAAUCACAACUAUCACAAUUUUAUUUCAUGAAGUUCCUCAUGAAAUUGGAGAUUUUGCUAUAUUAUUGCAAUCUGGUGUGUCAAGAAGAAAUGCUAUGUUACUGCAGUUGACAACAGCAUUGGGAGCUUUGGCUGGAACUGCUUUAUCUCUGCUUGUUCAAGAUACAGCUGGUAAUAUGGGUACCAACUGGAUUUUACCAUUCACAGCUGGAGGUUUCAUCUACAUAGCUUUAGUAUCUGUUAUUCCUGAAUUACUUGAUGAGGAAAAACCUAGUUUUAUGCAAACUAUAUACCAAGUUGCAGCUUUAUUAGUUGGAGUAUAUAUGAUGGUACUCAUUGCUGAAUAUGAAUAGUACUUUAAUUAAAUGUUUAAAACUAAAUUUUUUAAAAUUGUUUUCAAUAAAUAUAUAUUUGUAU